AUCUCUCCAGCCCACGACCAGAUUCCACCCCCGUCUUUCGAUAAGGCCAAAGGUUACCCAGCAGUAUGGUUGCUGAGGCGGACACGGCAUCCCAGACCAGCGGCAUGCGCCUAAAGCAGGAGAUCUCCCUCCUCCACGGCGUCUGCCUCAUCGUGGGCAACAUGAUCGGGUCUGGCAUCUUUGUCUCGCCCAAGGGGGUCCUAGCUCACACAGGCUCGUUCGGCCUGUCAUUAAUAGUGUGGGCCAUCGGAGGAGUGUUUUCCGUGUUCGGCGCCUUAUGCUACGCUGAGCUGGGCACCACCAUCCGCAAGUCUGGAGCCUCCUAUGCCUACAUCUUGGAGUCCUUUGGAGGAUUCCUAGCUUUUAUUCGGUUAUGGACGUCACUGAUGAUUGUUGAGCCAGCCUGCCAGGCGGUGAUAGCCUUGACCUUCUCCAGCUACCUGGUCCAACCCUUCUACCCCACCUGCUCAGCCCCCUAUUAUGCCGUCCGCCUCAUCGCCGCUGCCAUUCUAUGUUUGCUGACCUGUGUGAACUGUAUGAAAGUGAAGUGGGGGGCCAUCCUUCAGGUCAUCUCCACAGUAGCAAAGGUCCUGGCUCUCAUCGUUAUCAUCAUUGCUGGCCUGGUCGUCCUGGGACGAGGCCACACACAAAACUUUGAGGACUCAUUUGAAGGGUCCAAGUGGGACCCAGGUAACUUGGCCCUGGCCCUCUACUCAGCCCUCUACUCCUACUCCGGCUGGGACACGCUCAACUUCAUCACAGAGGAAAUCAAGAACCCUGAACGGAAUCUGCCUUUGUCCAUUGCCAUUUCCAUGCCCAUCGUCACAGUGAUCUAUAUCCUGACAAACAUUGCCUACUACGUCGUCAUGAGCGCUGACACAAUCAUCCAAAGUGAGGCGGUGGCUGUGACGUUUGCGGAUGAGGUGCUGGGCUGGGCUCGUUGGCUGAUCCCCCUGUCUGUGGCCAUCUCCUGCUACGGAGGCCUCAACUCCUCCAUCAUCGCCGCCUCGAGGUUGUUCUUUGUUGGCUCCAGACAGGGCCACCUUCCCAACAUGCUGUGUAUGAUCCACAUCAAGCGCUACACACCCAUCCCUGCCCUGCUCUUCAAUGGUGGGAUGUCUCUUGUCUACCUGUGCGUCCAGGAUGUUUUCCAGCUGAUCAACUACUUCAGUUUCAACUACUGGUUGUUUAUCGGCCUAUCCAUUGCCAGCCAGAUCUACCUGCGCAUCAAGGCCCCUGACCUGCACCGGCCUGUUAAGCUGUCAUUGUUCUUCCCGGUGGUGUACUGCAUGUGCAGCGUGUUCUUAGUGGUGGUACCCCUCUUCAGCGACACCAUCAACUCCUUGGUGGGCAUCGCCGUGGCCUUGUCUGGGGCGCCUGUCUACUACAUAUGUGUCUACCUGCCCCCCACUUCCAGGCCUGCCCGCCUGAGCAAGAUGCUUGCCAAGCUCUCCCUGUACACCCAGAAGGUGUGCCUGUGCUGUGAGGCCUCCCCAGACAUCGACCUGGAUAACAUAGAUCCUGAAAAGAUAGAAUGAUGAAGGAAGAGAGGACUCUGGGUCGAUGUACUGGAAGAAACGACGGAUGUUUGAGAGGAAGA